AUGGGAAUAAAAACUGAAGAGCCUAUUGCACGUGCUGAUACGGGGGCUGGAAUACGAAAGAAAGAAUUGGUGUCCAUUCAUCAGCUCCAUGAAUUCAUAUCUAAAACUGAUGAACAGACACAGGAUGCAGAUUUUCUCUGCAAUGCAAAGGUGUUAAACGUACUACAAAAGAAUGGGUGGUCUUAUGUGUCAUGUACUGGGUGUAACCGAAAAUUGGACAAGGUUGGCAAUGCUUUACGCUGCAGCAAAUGUGUUUCAUCAAGUGUCACUGGAGUUGUCAAGUACCGAGUUGAGCUUGCUGUUCAUGAUGGUCAUGACGAGGCAACAUUUGUGGUCUUUGACAAUGAAAUGACAAAGCUUACCACCAAAACUGCAGCUACCCUCAUCCUCGAGAACGGAAAUGGAGGAACAAGAGACGAUAUACCAAGCUGUAUUGAAGAUUUAACUGGCAAGCAAUUCCUUUUCCAAAUAAAAGUGACCCCAUUCAACUUUAGUUCCAAACACCGAACUUUCACAGUUUCAAAACUCAGUGAAGCUUACACAAAUUGUACACAAACUGAAAUUACUAAAGGAGGACCCACAUUCAACUUGGAUUUGGAAGGUACAACAAGUUCCAACAUAGCUCGGUUUGGUCAGGACACACUUGACAAAGAAUAUGAAAAAGUAACAACUUCCAUCGUAGAGACGGUUGAAAAGAGUCGAAAACGUGGUCGUGAGUAAUGCUUUGCUAGCCAACAAUCCGUCAUCCCAAAUAUUUCAUUUUUCCUGCUAUUUGCUUUUUAAAUGUUUGCGUGAGUAGUAGUACUCUAUAUUUCCAUUUCCUCCAAUGUUCUCUUAGAAGAACACAGUUAUGUUUUAUUCCAGAAUAAAGGGAUUGUGACGGUUUAUUAAAAUAA